ACAUGAAGCUGCCACAAUGCCUCAGUCUCCACAAUCUACACAUAGAUGGUUCCUGUUGAGGAAAAUCAUGGAGCUGAGCUUGCUCCUCUCGCAAGAUCCUUUUGGAAACUACGUCUUGGGUUGUGCUCUCGAGCUCAAGAUCCCGGAGGUCAUUAACGAUAUAUGCCACAAGCUUAAAGGCCACUACACGGAUCUAUCAACAGAGAAAGUCAGCAGCUUCAUUGUUCAAAAAUGCAUAGUUCUUCGGACUAAAUUUGUGGUUUCAGAGCUGCUGAAAACUGGCAACCUAGGCCAACUUGCGCGUGAUCGAUAUGGGAAUUACGUCGUCCAGACGGCACUGAAAAUGACAGAGGUGAAACCCCUUUUCUUCCUUUUGCAUCACCAGCUUCUAUUUCUUUAG